UGACGUUUUGAUGUUCAAUUUACACGUAAAAUAUCAUUAUAUGUUAUGUAAAUAUGCUACGGUUGUUAUAGUGUUCAAAGGUGUUACAACUCCGUGAUGCACAUGAAAGCUUCGCCUUUCUAAAAGCAAGAGUAUAUAGGAAAACUUUUUUCUCCCUUUUUUUUUCCUUUUUUUUUUUCCUGUUUUUUCGUAUUGUCCCCGCCAAGGGACCCAGUGUUAGGACGAUCGGGCUAGUGCACACAUCGAGGGUGGAGGCGUUUGAGGGGAAGUUUGUAAUUCGCGUUCGGAGGACACAAGGCCACGUAGGUGUACACCGACCACAUGCCAUUACCGAUUUCGAUGGAGUCCGGCUUACUGCUGCAAAACGUACAGCCGACGUCGCAAAAAGGGACACCAGUGCAGAGACCACUGUUCGACGACAUUUCGCCGCACAACGUAACUGCUGUUGUGGGUCAGACUGCCGUUCUCCAUUGCAGGGUCAAACAUGUGUCCGACAGAACGGUCUCUUGGAUGCGGAAACGAGACUUGCACAUAUUGACGUCUAGCAUUCAUACGUACACCGGUGACGGGCGUUUCAGCGUCGUGCAUCCGGAAAACAGCGAGCAGUGGGAUCUGAAGGUAACGUUCGUGCAGAAGAGGGACGCUGGCAUAUACGAGUGUCAGGUGAACACCGAGCCGAAGAUCAAUUUGGCCGUGCAACUGAACGUCGAAGGUACCGCUCAAGCCAACAUUCAAGGGCCCGCGGAGGUGUACGUGAAGAAGGGCAGCACCAUUAGCCUGACGUGUUCCGUAAACGUGCACUCGACGCCGCCCAGCUCGGUGGUGUGGCUCCAGGGCACCAAGGUGGUGGACUUCGAUUCGCCACGCGGUCGUGGCGGCAUCAGCCUUGAGACGGAAAAGACAGAGUCGGGCACCACCAGUAGGUUGCUGGUCACCAAGGCCGGGCUGUCCGACACCGGCAACUACACGUGCCAGCCGAGCAACGCGAAUACAGCCACCGUCUUCGUGCACGUGCUCAAUGGCGAACAUCCCGCCGCGAUGCAACACGGCGAACACGGUGCCGGCUCCAAACUGGCUGCUUGGUCUUGGACGCUGACCAUGGCCGCGUUCGCUUUGUCCUACAGAUGAUGUUAAACGCUCGCACAUAUGGUCGACGCUCAUGUAUUCUCACGGGAUAUGACGCACGUGUGGAGCAAACAACUUUCCAUGGAAAAUAUAUCUCAUAAUUAAAGAAAUACUAUCGUGUUUUAUAUUAAUUGUUCGUUACUACAUUAAUAUUAUAAUUAUUAUGAUUUAUUGAAAUUUAUGCCGUUUGGUUUCUGUUUUAAAUCUCAAUUUUAGCAUUUGUUUUGUAAUACAUAAAAACUUAUACAUAUAUAUAUAUAUAUUAUUCUGACAUACUGUUACAACGUUGAUGUUUCAUAAUAUUUGUAAUAUUUUAAUGAUGACCAGUCACUUAUGUCAGCAGUCACAGAUUGUAUGUAUAUAUAUAUAUAUAUAAGUAUUUAAUUUAAAGUAUAAUAUUUAUUAAUUAUAAUCGUUUUAAAUGUUAUUAUUAUUAUAGUUGCGAACAUACAUACAGACACACAUACAUUUAGAAAUGGUCAAACGUAUAUUUAUACUGUCUUACACUAUACUAAUUGAAUUAUUUCCUUGGUUUUAAAAG